AUUUUUGUCCUUUGCAACAAAUACACCCAAAUCGUUGCUCUUCCACCACCAUGCUUAACCUUUGUAAAGUACUCAACUACACUAAUUGUUUGCUUGAAACAGCAGGGUUUCCUUUAACAAAAACUAGAUUCAAAUGAAUUCAAUGAAGAACAAAGUGACCUUUGGACACUAUAUAUGUUUUAUUGCCUCUUUCUCCUUUUAUUGAUGCCAAAUAGUAAACUCUCUGAUUAUUCCCUUUUCUGAUUUAAGUCCUAAAUCAAUUUAUUUAGCGGAAAUACUUACUGAAAAAGUGACAUCUCCAUCUACUUCAUGUUUAGUUACAGCCUGAUGAAGAUGGAGGCCUGUCUCCAUUACAACGCCAUGAUUGAUAAGCUCAUUACACUCCCUAACAUUCACUGCGCUAAAUCCAUUAGAAGAAAUUCAUCAGGAGAAUUAUUCCUGUUCAACUUCUCUUUCAGGCUCAACUUUCUAAAAGGACACAGUGGGAUGGGUGGAAUGCUCCCAGCUUUGUCCAUUGGUUAGAUGCAGCCUGAUUUAAAAUGAUGACCCUUUCUACCGAAGCUAAAUACAAGCAGUCUGUCUAUCACAGGAGUUCAAGCCAGGCUUUAAAAGGCUGGGUUUGGCAAAAAAAUAAAACAUUUAAAAAAAAAGAAAUAAAAAAAAUUAGGCUUUUUUUUAACAGAUUUGAGCUAAAAAUAAUAAUAAUAAUGUGUAAAAAUUUGGCAUAUAUCAUUUAGCAUUGACGAACUACAUUUCCCAGAGUUCCAAUCGGCCUCUCGUGGGUGUUGUUUGAGCGCCCCCGGACGGCCGCGGGUACAAAGUGCAGGAAAAGGUUCCCGUUCUGACAGUGAGCCAUGCAGACAGGCUGCGCAGCGGCAGCAGACAUGUAAGGCGGGAAGGGAUCAAAGGCGGCCCGCAGGAGAAUGUGUCAUCCUCGCUAUCAUGUUCCCGGGAGUUUUCUAUGCACUGCUGGCGGGGUUCCUCGGAGCCGUGGCGUCGUCGUCGGCCAAGCUGUCCCUUGGAGCCGACUACCUGAAGGGAGUCUGUGAGAGCGGACUCCGGACGUGGGGGGAGCAGCGGAAAUUCAGGCACGCGGACGAAACCAGCGCGUGUGAUCGGCUCCACAUCCCCUUGAGGCUGCUGUGUGGUGGGCUGCUGUUCACCUGCAACGCUGUGAUGUGGACCUUCCUCGCCAAAGCGCUCAGGUAUUCCUCCUCCUCCACCCGAACCACUGUGACCACCACUGCCUCCAACUUCAUAUCUUCCGCUUUCUUGGGGCAGCUGAUCUUUGGAGAAGCCCAGAUAAAGUUGUGGUGGGUCGGGAUCUCUUUGACCUUCUCUGGUUUGUUGGUCCUUCAGCGGGUGUCCCCUCAGGAUGGACGGCAGAGCGCUGUCCACACGAAGGACGAAUAACACACAGACUCCACGAACAGGCUGUCACCUCCUCUGAUUUCAGGCAGAACCAAAGAAAUCCAGAACUAAUAUACUAUUAAUGUUUUAUUCUGAAAAGCAAAAAAAAGGAAAAAAUCUGCUGACAAUGUUGCCGUCUUCCAGAAAGAAGAAAGGAUGGUGGGACCGUUCCGUUUUUAAAUCAGAUGAGAUUUUCAGCCUGUCCUGUUAAAGCACAGUCCUUACCAGGGGUUCAGCUUCCAGCAUCAAAAAGAGGCAAAAAUCUUUCCCACUUUAUGCCACAAACUGCACAAAAGAGUAGAGAGUUAGGUGGGGGGGGGGGGGGUGUCUUAAUUUGUUUCCAGGAAGAAUAAACCAUUUCUGGACAUUUCAUGUUCGUCAGCAGGAGGUUAGAGUCCCACUCCGAUCAAUUUUGAUCUAUUUUCAAAGCCCUUCACAGUGUUUUUUUCAUUAUGAUUAUCUCGUUCUCAGCCAAAAUCUAAAAAUCUGUCGUUUUCCUGGACUUAGUUUCUCCAGAGCAGCAGGGGUUUCUUAGGAAAUUCGCUCCCGUUACUGAGAGCUCCCUGUUUACAUGCUCUGACAUUAGCAGUGCAUCAAAAAAGCCGAGCGAUAUCAGACCUAUCCCGCUGUACAGGUAGGAGCCAGAUUCCAGCCCCGACACAGAAAACAAAGACAUUCAUGGAUCGUGUCUUCUUCUUUUCAAGCUGUAUUUUUCUUGACAAAGAAAUAUUCAGAAAUGUCCUUUUAAGCUUAAUUUUUAUUAUUUUUUUUGUCCUCCAUCAUCAGAAAAAUGCCAUAAGAACAUGUUUUUUUCAUCGGAGUGGGUCUUUAAAGUUUUAAUAAAAAGCUGGAUGAAUAGAAAAAGUAAAUACAUCAACAGAAAUUGCCCGGUGAGCCUGGAAGCACCAGGCCAAAAAUGUCUGUGCAGUGGUGGACAAACAUGAAACUUUAACGAAGAAUUCCUUCUCAUUCGUGGUUAGACAGAGUUGCUUACACUUGUAGAAAACCACAAAACUUUAUUUCUAAUAACAUUUAUGGUUCCUACUUUGCUGUCGUUAUUUAUUCAUUGACAAAGUGUGGAGGAGAAGAGUUUAGGAAGCUAACAGGCUGAAACCAGCUGUAUUGGGGAUUUCCUCACAGCGUCAUUUGUUUGUGUGUGUCACUGAUUUCCCAGCUAUCAACCUGCUGCUGUGGCGCUAAAAAGGCUCUUUCCAGGUGAGGAUUUGCUGUUUGUUUCCUUAAACUUCCUGUUUCAACAGGAAACACACUACAUCUCUUAUUUUGAAGGGGCUGUCCUUUCAUUUUAAGAUACAUUCGAGCUCAAAAGCAAACUGGAAAGUCGGUCCAGACUGUCAUUUUAUUUAAUAACUGUGUUUUUCUACAUCAAAUUCUUUAGUGUUCAGUUUUUUUGUUUGUUUUUUGGAGUUUGCCGGCUGCAAUAAGACUGAAUUUUCUCAUAGCACUGUGAUCUGUUAAAAACCUGGAAGGAAAAUGUCUGUACAUAAAGUGUAAAUAUGGAGGCAUUGACCUUAAAAAUAUGUUAAACAAAAAAAGAAAAAGCAUCUGGAUUGUUUGGAAACUUAUGAAUGCGUUAUGGUAGCUAUAAUAUCCCAGAGCAGCAAUGCACACAUGAACCAGCUGUUCUUCCAGCUGUUGCUGUGCGCUUUCAUGUGAUUUCUGCAGGUUUCCCUCCUAAUGUGACAACAUGACAUAAAACUUCCAUCGAGCUUCAUCACAUUUUAGCCUGUAGACUCCAGUCACAGUAAACCUCAACCCUGUGUCACUUUAUUUGUAUUUUCUUGACAUUUUUCAGAAGCAGCCGUGAUAAAAAUCAAGAAUACUGCAGCCCUGAAUAUUGUGUCAUAAAAUCUGAAUUACAGUUUUUUUUCUUUACAAAAUAGUACAACAAAACCAGGUUUUUUUAAACCCCUUCCAGUCAUCUUGUUGCCGUUAUUCUGGUCCGCAGUCGUCCUGGACUGAAGAACCAGACUGUUUUCACAAUUCUUCUUGCGCAUUUGGAGCGCAGCAGCAGGGCGGUCGACCUCUUAUUGGAAUAUUGCAGGUUCAGUUACCGCUUUGCCAUAAGUGGAAGUAUCCUUGGGCAAGACACUCAACCCCCACCUUGCCUCUGGUGGAAGGUUGGUUCGGCAGCGGAGCCGCCAUCUGUGUGUGAAUGGGAAUGUGAAGCACUUUGGGCCUUCAAGGAAGGUAGAAAAGUGCUAAACAAGUAUAUCCCAUUUAGCAUAAAUGCAUCCCCACACACACUAAAAACUAACUGCACGGAUCCAGUUAUACAAAAAACAACAAAAUACAUCGAAACUCUUGUAUUUUUUGUCACUAAUUACACAAAUUGAUUUAUUUCUAAUCCUUAAAAAUGUCUAAGGUGUAGUAACUUGUUAGGUUAAGGUUUUGUCGUUUUUUUUAUGUGCGAGCAGGAAAAUUAUCAGUUUUUGUUGGUUUAAACACUAAAGGAGCCUAUAACAGAGAGCAACAACAAAACAUUUAUAAAAUCACGUCUUUAUGCAGCCGUUCUUUACGUUACGAGUCGGCCUGAUGUCAUAGAAAAAAAGCACACAGGCAGUUAUUAAGAUUUAGACUUUAGACGAUAAAUUCCCUCCAUUACCGUUUCUACAUGUGGCUCAUCCCUAAUAAUGGGUUUUAUUUCUCUUUUGUUGAUAUUUUCUUCUGUUUCUUUCGGUAUAUGUGCAUUACUGCUCUCCAUCAUCCACUCAGAGUGGAUGUCUUUCCGGCUUUAAUCUUUUGACCUUAAAACAUAAACGUAAGUAAAAUGUAGUAAAAUAUAACAAAAAGUUUGACUGAAUAUUAAAAAAAAAGCGAAUUAACAGAAUCCCUUUCUGGAGUCGGGGGGUUGACUAGGAGGCGUAGGUGUAAAUAUAUUUGGGGACGUGUCCAUUUAAAGUCUAUAGGUUGAAGCAAAAAUGUAUGGCACGGGUAAAACAAACUGGACUUUUGUGAAUCUAAACUAGAAUGGAAGUAUUUCCACUUUCCUGUCAGUAAAUACGAUCUUCAGCAGAGGUUUAACUUUGUGUGUCCGUCACACUGACAAGUUCCCCUUUUUGCUGUGCUUUGAACAGAUCCUCCUUUACAUGAAAGUGUUCAGUGCGAAAAGCCCAGCAUGAAGCUCAGCAAACACGCAUGUUGGAUUUUCCGGUUGCAGUUUUGGAAAUCUGGAAGCUGCUGCUCUGUGGUCAAACCUAAACGUGACGUUGUCCAAGCCGCUCACUGUGUGUGAAGCAGACAUUUGUAGGAAGUGUGUAACCUUUCCUUAGAAAAUGUAAACGAGCAUUUGUGGAAAGACACUGUAAAAAAUAAAACACUGUUCAAUUAUUCAAUAAACAUAUCAUUCAAUUGGU